UGCAAAACUAAUCAAAAGUUUAUUGUCGUAUAGAUUGCAGCACGUGGUAGAAAUUUUUAAACACAAUUUGCGAAAAAAAACCUCUUCUCACAAAUUUAUUUAACACUAAAAUGGUUAUAAUGAAAACGAAAAAGAUGAAGAAGCCAUUUAAAGCACGAAGAUUUCAACAUGUGGCUGAUAUUCAAGAAAAUGAUUCAACUAACGAAGAGGUUGAACAGGAGGAAAUACCCAAAGAGGUACGCAUCAUAGCACAGGAAGUAAAAAUUGUGCGCUCACUCGCUUGCAAUGAUCUUAACAAACGAAAUCGUCAAAUCCGUAAACUACGUAAAUGGCUGCAAUUACGUGCGCGAAGUUCUUUCCCAUUCACAGAGGAAGAUUUUCUACGAAUUUGGAAAGGAUUGUACUAUAAUAUGUGGAUGUCGGAUAAACCACUAGUUCAAGAAGAUUUGGCUGAACAAUUAGGUAAACUUAUUGAAUGCUUCGAAGGUGACGUCUCAAUCAGUGUAAAAUUUUUCGGUGCUUUCAUGAAAACUAUGUGUAAUGAGUGGUUUGGCAUUGAUCAAUGGCGUAUGGACAAAUUUAUGAUGCUUGUACGUCGAAUGCUGCGUUAUAUGUUCCGCGUACUGAAAAGUGAUGGAUGGACGAAAGAUUCAAUUAAUCUUUUCAAUGAACAUAUGAAUUUGACAGUUUUAGCUAGCGAAAGUCCUGCUAUUGGCUUGACAAUGCAUUAUCUGGACAUUUUCUUUGAAGAAUUGGCAAAAGUAUCAGGGGGCGAAAUAGAUGCAAAACAAGUGGGACACUUUGUGCGUCCAUUCAUAACAUAUUUAGCUAAGGGUCGAGAUGGCAAGCUGGUCUCGCACUGUCGCUCACAAGUGUUGAAACAUCUACUGUAUCAGAGCUCGUUAGGUCGCGAAUAUACAGAUAAGUUUAACGCUUGGAAAGAAAUGGGUUUUCCAACGGAAUCAAUUAAUGACUUGGAAUUAGUUGAAGAAGUUGUUAACGAAAACGAUGACGACGGUGCCGCGGACAAGGAAGGUGAUGUUGAUGAAGCUGCAGUUAAAUCAGAUGAGCAACAUUUGGAUCCGCGUGCUGGCAACGUUGAUGUGUUCAUGCCAGAGCUGCCUUUGGAUGCAAAUUAUGUUAUUGGGGAAUUAGAGAGACUUAUAUAUAAAGACAAUGAUAUUAGCACUAAAGUUAGGAAAAGUUUGCGAAAGCAAUUAAAUCUUUUUGAAAUCUAUAAACGUGGUAAAUUUCCGUUGGGAAUAAAACGUAUGCCCCGAUUUAAAGCAAAGCCAGGAAAACCACUGAUGAAAGAUAAAAUAGAACAGUUAGAAAACGUAGAAAAUGAAUUAUUUGGUGUUGGACGUAAAUUAAAGCAGCUGAAUAAGAGAAAACGCCGCAAGCUGCUAAAUUCACUGAACUUCAGCGAAGUUGAUGAAUCGAAUUUUGAUCAAACGAUUUUGAAAGCAAUACCGAAGCAGUACCUCAAAGAACGUAAAAGGAAAUCAAAUGCAUUGAUGAAUGAGUGGGUAGAGGAAGAGUUAAGCAAUGAAGACAUUGUACCCAAAAAAACGCAAAAAAAUAAAAAGAAAAAUAUUGAAAAAACUCUUUCUUCCGCCGAAGAUGUGGAGCAAGAAAAUUCCCUUGCUAAUGGUGUUGAUAAAAUAGAUGAAGAUAAAUGCGAUAAUGUUGUAACGAGUAUAAACUAUACAAAAGAAAAGAGUAGUCAGUCCAAAUCAACAAAAAAAUUAAAUAAAGAUUCGUCUAAGUCCAAAAAAUUGGCAGAAAAAGAAGAAAUUGUAAAAGAAAAGCCUAAAAAACUGAAAGACCAGCCUACAAAAGAUGCUAAAUCCGAAUGGGAUGCGCCUUUAUCUGAAGGUGAAAUAGAAUAUUUUAUACCUUCGCGGAAAAUACAAUUGAAAAAUGCCAAUGCCAAUCUUGUACCGAAUCCGCUAGCAAAGAAACCAACGAACAUCACAUCAACACCUGUGAAUGCAAAAAAUGGAGGAAACUUGUCGAACAAGUCAACGCCAACGGGUAGCAUUAAGCGUGUAAAAAUAGCACUUAAGCACAACACUGCACAGAAUCCUAGCGAGUACAUAAAGCAAAUAAAAAGUUCGCCAAAUUUACCAUAUGAUGCAUCAAAGAAACCGGGGAAAGGAUUGUUGAAACCGAAUUCAAUGCCCAGCCCAAUAAAUCCAUUCUAUAAAAAGAAAAUUGGUCUGCGUUUGGCGAAUGAUACCAUUUGAGCUGCCUACACUAGAGUAAGCCAAAUUUUUUCACACCUUUGUUUCGGUGACUGAGUUGAUUAGUUUUAUAACAAAUUGACUUACUCUAGUGUUUACUCAUCGGCUACUGUGUGGAUUUCUAUAUAAUAAAUAAACUGUAGAAGUUAAGUAAAUCUAACUUAUAAUACAAAAGAAUAUGUACUUGUAGAUUGAAUAAAAAGAAAUAAUUUACGUUAUUGAAUGUGUAAAAUA